AUGAGGAGCACACAUACAGAAUGUGGCCUCAGACCCUCUUACAAACCAUCCACGCUGAAAAAGUCAAAGACCGUAGGAGGCAUGGGUGCCACGUCCAGUGAGUUCCCCUGGCAAGUGAGCAUCCAGACCAAAGAGAAGCAUUUUUGCAGCGGGUCAAUUAUAAGCAGCUGGUGGAUUUUAUCCGCGGCACAUUGUUUCACAAAUGAACUUCCACCAGAUCUUUACAUAGCCUUUGGGGCAGCCGACUUGGAAAGCCACCAAGUAGAGAAGAAAAAGCUGGACAGGCUGAUUCUGCAUGAGCACUUCGAUAGCGCGAACAUGGACAACGACGUAGCCUUGAUCCUGCUCGACUCACCGAUAGAGUUCAGUGAACAGAAACUGCCCAUCUGCUUGCCCUUCAUUCGUGACCUUCAGACAUGGAAGGGCUGCUGGGUUGCUGGUUGGGGAGCCCCGGUUGCAGGGGACAAGACGACAUUAACCAAGAGGCUAAAGAAAAUGGAGAUGAAGCUGAUCAGCAAGAAGCAGUGCUCCGAGUGGGUCCCGGAGCUAACGGAGAACACACUGUGUGCUGGCUCCGCGGAAGGAGGGAAGGAUGCCUGCCAGGGAGACCACGGGGGACCUUUGGUUUGCACCUAUGGAGACGUCAUGAAGUGGUUCGCACUUGGCAUAGUCAGCGGGGGAGAAGGCUGCGGGGAAAAACAGCAUCCCGGAAUGUACACCUUCAUUUUCAACUACUUGGAGUGGAUCCAGGCAGAGACAGCCAGGGAAGGGAAGCCUUUUAUCCCCGAAGGGCUGGAUAACAUCACAAUUUCAAAGCGGCUUCGCUCCGGCGCUAGGAAGCAGCCUGCAUCUCCUGCUUCUUCGCUCCUUUUGUUUUUCUAUUUUACUAUUUUGCUAGUGAUGAUUUUCAAACCAUACUAAAAAUCAAUUUCACCAUCCUGAUUCUCCUCUCCUUUAUAGAAAUCUUCAUAACAACACCUAUCGCUUACAGAGACACUUCAUCAGUAGAUCUCAAAGCACUUAGAAUAUCAGGGUUGGAAGAGACCUCAGGAGGUCACCUAGUCCAACCCCCCUGCUCAGAGCAGGACCAAUCCUGAAUUUUUGCCCCAGAUCCCUAAAUGGCCCCCUCAAGGAUUGAGCUCACAACCCUGGGUUUAGCAGGCCAAAGCUCAAACCACUAAGCUAUCCCUCCCCCUCCCUGUGCCUUUACAGUCUUUAAUGGAUUUAUCCUCACUACAGCCCUGGUGGGGAACUGAGGCAUCAGGAGGCUUAGUUACUUGCUUAAGGUCAGACAGGGAGUAUGGAGGAGCUGGGAAUUACUAGUUACCAAUAUGCUUUUGUGUGGGAUCAUCCAGUGAAGCUCCAUGUUAAUGAUAUGAGCUAAUGCCAAUGUGAUGGAUGAUGAAUUAGAGAUACAGCAGAGAGACCGUCAGAAACUAAAUCAAUAAACAUAGAAAAUCUGGAAAACAGAAGUCCUGACCCUUUCAAAAGUCAGCACUUCCCAAACAGUUGCAUCAGAAACAAGCAGUUAUUUCCUAGUCUAAGUACAGUUCCAGGAAAUACAGGGGUAUCUGAGAUAUCAUUGCAGGAAAAGUUGCUGGUAAAUAGUCUUUCAAUUGCAGCCACUGAAGAUUCUUUGAAAUUUCAAAUUUGGCCUAUGACUAACCACCAUCAUUGCUUUUGAAUGUUGGGCUUAGUUGGGACAAGGUGCUACAGAAAAAAUUAAAAGGAGUACUUGUGGCACCUUAGCGACUAACCAAUUUAUUUGAGCUUGAGCUUUCGUGAGCUACAGCUCACUUCAUCGGAUGCAUACCCGAUGUAUGCAUACCUGAUGUAGCUCACGAAAGCUCAUGCUCAAAUAAAUUGGUUAGUCUCUAAGGUGCCACAAGUACUCCUUUUCUUUUUGCGAAUACAGACUAACACGGCUGUUACUCUGAAACAAGAAAAAAUUAAGGUAGCAGAGAACCUUCUGCGAUUUGCCCAUUAGUCACCGUAUAAAGAAGGCAUCCGUUAUGGUAAUUAGACAAAGUGCUAAUAUCGAUACACAGUCCUUCUAAACAGGAGGUAUUUUUUUUAAAAGAAAGAUGGUUACUAACUGCAGGUUCAAAGAAAGAGCUCAAACAACAAAGCUUGAAUUCUAGCUUUGUCUCCUUUGUUUACCAGGGAUUACACCGUGUUGGGAAUUCUGUGCAGCACAGAGAGACAUCUAGUGGCUGAAUAAACUACUUCAAGUAAACAGAUCAUAGCACAAAGGAAGGCAAAAGUGAAUAGCAUUUUAUUUAUAUUAAGGGAUCUCUCCUGAGCGCAUUUACAUUCGCUCAGCGAAACAAAUGAGAGUUAAAGGUGCUCAGUGUAAACUGACAGACCACGGUCAUCAUCAGGCAGGAUUGAAUUUAAGAUCUCUGGAGCUUAGUGCAUGAGUCUCUACUGCAUGACCUCUCUCUUGCUCUCUCUUGUGUCUCGGUGCCACUAGAUGGGACAGAACACCACACCCUAGAGGUGUGUGGGUUAAAUCAGCACAUGACCUGAGGCAUUCAGAACCCUCACACAAUCUGUCCCUUACCUCUCAACUAGGCAUGUUGCCAAAUGAUUUCUGGUCCUUUCAAUUUUGAGACCUUUCUUAGAUUCUCUUGAGCUGUCUUGAAAGAGAAUGCUUAGUCAUGCAGUAAUGGCUGUUCAAUAUCCCACCCUGUGCAACACUAUAAAAGCCCAAGGACUUACAGCAAUGAUAAAACUCUGCAGUAGGAUUGUGGGGAGCAAAUUGGUUUUAAUUACCUGGGUGCUUUCUGGCUAGCUAGCAGAGCAGCCUUGUAAAUGAGAAUUAAUUCAUCCACCUUAAGCUAAUGCAAACCCAUCUUGGCAUAAGAGUCAGACUUUAUUUUGUGUGUCAUCUGCAGGGAAAAUAAUGCCUAAUUAUUAUUAGUACUGAGUAACGCUUAUGAAAAUUGCUCUACAUUAAUUUCACAUGGCUGGCUGGCUAAUGGAUUCACAAGGGCCUUGUAACACUCUAUAAAAAGACUAAUAGACACUAAAAACAAGGGGAACACAUUACUCUAACAGCUAUUUGUACGCGAUGAUGUCCACUAGCAUUAAUACCUGUAUUUAUUUUGCCUCCCAUUAAUAAUAUAUCAGCCAAUUAUAGAAGCUGUAGCAAUGGUUGGCUGUCAAGCAAUGUUUCCUAAUGCUGCAGUCUAAUCAGCUGUGGAAUUGUUUCCCCAAGGGAAAUGAUGGAAGGUUUAUCACUUGUGUCAUUGCUAUGGAGAGGUUCCAUAAAGUGCUAAUCUAUAGCACGCUGCAUGGAAGAAUCCUGAGUUUACAGGGAGACAUUGGCUAACCUUGUAGAUCUUUCCAUCUCUAACAUCUACAAUUCUAUGAGACUAUAAGAACAAUGAAGGAUGUAAAGCAGUAUGAGCCAGUGUUUAGAGCAGGACCUUUGGAAACAGCAAAUCAAGGUUCUAAUCCCGGCUUUGAUGCCAAGUCAUUGAGAGACCUUGGGAAAGUCACAUCAACUCCCCGUGCCUUGGUUUCCCUAUUUGUAAAGUGGAGAUGAUAAUACUCAUCCUCUUGGCAAUGCAUGUUAAACUCCACAGAUGAAAAUGGCUUUUUAAGUAGUAAGUCGUGGUGUCUUUUCUCAGUCUAUGAUAUCACAGGGCUCACCAUUACCAACAGAUAUGGCUGAGUUACCACAGAUUUCCCUUACGGUUAGAGCAGGGAAUACCAGGGGUAUCUCAGAUAGCUCUGGGUGGUAAGUAGAACUGAUUGAAAAAAUUGCGACAGAAAAGUUCCAUGGGAAAACGCAAUGUUGUCAAAAAAUGUUCCAUGGAUUUUUUUUUUUUUUACUGAUUUGAAAUAGAAAUGGAGUAUUUCAUUUUGACUCUGUUUCAUUCUUUUAAAACAUUUUGCCUUCUAAUUAAUUUUAGUAUCAGAUUAAUACCUGUAAUAUUGCUAUCUAUAGAUUAUAAUCUUCUGCAUACAUAUUAUUGUAUGUUGGCAUUAUCAAACUGAAACGUUUUGAUAAGGUCAGUUUGAUGUUUCUGACGUAAUGUUUCAGAAUUUCCACUCCACACAAUUGUUCAAGAUUUUGAGGUCUCAUCACGGUUUGGGUCGAAGGGAUGUUCCCUUUGAAAUUGGUUUUUCCUGACCAGCUCUAAAAUGUUAGCAAAUGCUGAUUUUUCUUUCUUGGUCACUGCAGGUGAAAUAUUAAGAUGGCCAAUUAAAUCACUCCACAGUGCUACCAGCACACUUGAGUUCUAAGUAGAUUCAAAGUCUGCAGGGGAGGGAGAGUCAGACCCAGCGUUUUGGUUUGGACCCAUGUUUACCAGGGUUGCAUGCCAAGAGCCAGAUCAUGUGUUGCCCACACAGGCAGAGCUGUCCCUAGGGGACAGUGAAUCGGGGUGAUUGCUUGGGGCCCCGUGCUUUGGGGGGGCCCUGCAGGCCAGUGCAAUUGGCUGGUGCGGUCGGUCCUGAAAGUUAGGGUACCUAAGGAAUGGGAUGGAGAACAAUCCUGCCGUUAUUACCCUUCUUUGACAGGGUAACUGAUUUCAUGGAUAGGGAGAUAGAGGGGGACAUAAUAUACCUGUACUUUAGCAAGGCUUUCGACACAGUCCUCUAUUUCAUUCUGAUAAAUAAGCUGGAGAAAUGCAGGCUUGAGAGAAUACCAUUAAGUGGAUACAUAAUUGAUUAAACAACUGCAAACAAAGAGUAACUAUUAAUGGAAUGCUGUUGGAUUGGAGGGAGAUCUCAAGUGGGGUUCCCCAGGAAUCUGUUCUGGGUCCAGUGUUUUUUAACAUCUUUAUUACUGACCUGGAGGUAGGUAUAGAGAGCGCACUGAUCCAGUUUGCAGAUGGCAAAAGGUUGGGGUGGGUGGUUGCCAAUACUUUGGAGGAUGGAGCUAAAAUUCAGAGGGUUCUUGAUAAAUUGUAGAAAUGAAAUUCAACAAAGACAAAUGUCGGGUGCUUUGCUUAGGGAAGAAAAACCAACUGCACGAAUCCUGACUGGGGGAAAAUUGACUUAGCAGCAGCUCUGCUGAGAAGUUCCAGGAGAUGUGGUGCAUCACAACUCAACAUGAGUCAACAAUGUGAUGCUGUUGCGAAAAAAGCAAAUGCAAUUUUGGGUUGCAUAACAGCGGCACAGCGUGCAAGCCAUGGGAAGUGAUAGAGCUGCUCUGCUCAGUGCUGGUGAGGCCUCAGCUGGAGUACUGUGUCCAGUUUUGGUCACCAAUGUAUAGACAGGAUCUAGAGAAACUGGAAAGGACCCAGAGGUGAGCGACAAAGAGGAUCAAAGGGAUGGAAUGCAAGCCGUGUGAGCAAAGGCUGAAGGAACUGGGUAUGUUUAGUUUGGAAAAGAGGAGAUUAAGGGAGAUAUGAUAGUGGUCUUCAGAUAUUUGAAAGGCUGCCACAAAAAAGAUGGAGGGAUGUUGUUCUCUCUUGCCGCAGGGGGCAGGACAAGAGGCAAUGGGGUCAAACUACAGCAUAGCAGACUUAGAUUAAAUCUCAGGAAAAACUUCCUAACGGUAAGACCAGUAGGGCAAUGGAACAGACUGCCUGGAGGGGUUGUGGAAGCUCCUUCACUGGAGAUUUUCAAAAGGAGUCUGGAGCCAACUGUCUGGGAUGGUUCAGACCAGGGGUCGGCAACCUUUCAGAAGUGGUGGGCUGAGUCUUCAUCUAUUCACUCUAAUUUAAGGUUUUGCGUGCCAGUAACACAUUAACAUUUUUAGAAGGUCUCUUUCUGUAAGUCUAUAAUAUAUAACUAAACUAUUGUUGUAUGUAAAGUAAAUAAGGUUUUUAAAGA